GAAUAUGACUCAUGUCUAACUGGGUGAGAAAAGUCUGCUGAAACCUCUUCUGUCUCUGUACAUCAUCGCUUUACUCACCAGCCAGUCAAGUUAACUUCCUGACAGGCUGCCACAAAUGCAGGGCUGUGAUGACGCCAACAUCGGCAGAUCAUGCCUCAUCUGGGGAGAUUGAAGAAAAAAAACACAAACUCUGUUCCUGUUUGUCUAUCGCUCAGAGCAUCCCAUCCCAUCCCAUCCAUCCAUCCCGUCAGGCUGCAGUAGUCCCAGUAGGAUACGACCUCUGGUUAAUUGCAUCUGGAUCACUGGAAAGCAGAGGGGAUGAGACUACCAGAGAAAAUACCCCUGCUGAGACCUUAUCUUCUGUUACAGGGCGUUAAAAAGGAAAUGCACUCUCAAAUCCACAACAGACCAAAGGGAAUAUCGCUAACACACACCAGCCUAUAGGUGUAUUUGGCGAUGGAGAGCCCGAACUUGACGCAUGGAUCUGUUUCCAUAAACGACACGCUGGUUCGGAAUUCACAAACGACCAGCGUCGAGACAGCAAUCGCUUUACCCAUUUUUAUGUUUGCUGGAGGCGCCAUUGGGAAUUUAAUUGCAAUAAUCGUCCUUUCAGUGUCAGUACAGAGGAGGAAAUCUUCAGCUUUCUACACGCUGGUAUGCGGUCUGGCGGUGACGGACCUGCUGGGCACCUGCCUGGCCAGUCCACUCACCAUAGCCAACUACCUGGACCACAAUGUGCUGAACGACCACCAUGUCUGCGAGUUUCACUCUUUUUUGUUACUGUUUUUCGGUUUAACAGGACUGAGCAUCAUAUGCGCCAUGGCAACAGAGCGGUACCUGGCUAUAUGCUGCCCGUACACCUACCAGCGGUGGGGAGUGGACCGACGCUUUGCGCAAAAGUUCCUUUUCUUUAUUUACAUCAGUCACAUCUUCUUCUGCUGCCUCCCGAUGAUGGGCAUGUCGGCGAGCGAGCUGCAGCCGUCCGGCACCUGGUGCUUCAUCGACUGGUGGACACAACACAACAACAAGCCUGUGGCCGCCGCUUACUCCGUCCUGUACGGCGCCGUCAGCCUGCUGCUCAUCCUAGGCACCAUCGUGCUGAACCUGGCGGUGUGCGGAGCUCUGCUGCUGAUGCGCCAGAGGACCGUGCAGCGGCCCGUCACCAGAGCCAGCGUCCGGGAGAGGUGGAGGGCUCUGUCCUCGGCUGCAGAGACGCAGAUGAUCGCGGUGCUGGUGAUGACCUCCGCGGUGGUUCUGGCCUGUUCAGCCCCGUUGGUGGUCCGUGUGUUUGCCAACCGUUUCAUGCUGAAAAAUGAUCCCAAAGCUGACCUGGCUGCCAUACGAAUAGCCUCUGUUAACCCCAUUCUCGACCCCUGGAUCUACAUCCUCCUCAGGAGGUCUCUGUUUCGGCGGUUACUAAGUCUAUCCAGGCGAGGUAGCAGCACUCGCAGAAGUUCAUCUCCUACAACACAAAGGGAUCUGUUUUAUCCUGAUCUCAUGAGGGACAGCCACGUGUUCACCCAGCUGAUGUACAACACAAACAUUAUGACUCAUCUGCCUGCCACCGUCAAAUUCACUGCGUACAACACAGAGAGACAGACUUAAAACAGACUGAAGAUGUGUUCGACAUCUAUGAAUGUGUGCUGCUCUCUCAGGCUGCAAGCAGCUCGAUGCAGGGACUUUGUCUCGGAGCUGUUGUCAGUGGCAUGAAAAGAUAUCCCGUAUUUGAAUACUCUCAUAACAUUAACGUUAGCCCUUCCAUCGGACCUGUCAGUCUCUGUACUGUUGUCCUGUUGCUACCCCUUGCCCUUCCAGCGAAACAGAUGUUUUCAAAGCAUCGUUUUGCUUACUUGAAAGCAACCUUAGCGUGAUGUUGGCCUUUUUAAGAUAACAGCGUGGUUGUUGUGAGAGCACGAUUUCACGCCAAUUUGUAAGCAAAGUCACGUUAGAUCUAGCUUCACACAACUCGCUUAGUUAAUGCAGCAGUUUUGUAGUACGAAUUUUUGCUGUCAGCAGAGGGAUAGCAAC